UCCAAGAACUGUCAAAUCUUGUUAUGUACUUUAGCAAACUAUUAAGCUUUAGCUUCGAACUAAACAUAAAUAAUUGAUUAAUUUCGCGUCUUGCGGCGUAUAUACUGUAGCGUGUUUUUUGGUGUUAGUUUUUUCGUGGCAAUUUUAAGUGUUAAAGUGUGUUAAAAAAAAUGGCAACAAAUAUGGAUGAGGAUCAAGCACUUCGCGACUGCGAAAACUACGUGCAAAGUAACAAUAUCCAGCAAAUGUUGAAGGACUGCAUUGUGCAGCUGUGCGUGAAUCGUCCUGCGAAUCCUGUGGCUUUUUUGAGGGAGCAUUUCCAGAAGCUGGAAAGGGAACAGGCGCUGGACGCAAAGAACCAGGCGGCCUCGCCCGAAGACACGGAGGACUUGUCGCCGAUGCCGGCGCAAGCGCAGCAGCCGCAGCGCCGCCGCGGCGGCAUCAGCGCCGAGCCGGUGUCCGAGGAGGACGCGACCAGCUACGUGAAGAAAGUCGUGCCGAAGGACUACAAAACUAUGGCGGCCUUGAGCAAGGCCAUCUCGAAAAACGUCCUUUUCAGUCAUCUCGACGAGAACGAGCGUUCGGACAUCUUCGACGCCAUGUUCCCCGUCACCUGCAUGCCCGGGGAGCCGAUCAUUCAGCAAGGGGACGAGGGGGACAAUUUUUAUGUCAUCGAUCAAGGAGAAGUCGAGGUAUACGUUAAUAAUGAGCUGGUGACAACAAUCGGUGACGGUGGCAGUUUUGGGGAGUUGGCCCUUAUUUAUGGCACCCCUCGUGCCGCCACUGUUAAAGCUAAAACCGACGUUAAACUGUGGGGUAUUGACAGGGAUUCGUACCGCAGAAUUCUUAUGGGUUCUACCAUUCGCAAGCGCAAGAUGUAUGAGGAAUUCCUUUCAAGGGUGUCUAUUUUGGAGAAUCUGGACAAGUGGGAACGCCUCACGGUUGCCGACGCCCUGGAGCCGGUCGGCUUCGAGGAUAACGAGACCAUAGUGCGUCAAGGCGAGCCCGGCGACGACUUUUACAUCAUCGUAGAGGGCACUGCGAGCGUCAGGCAGAACAGAGCCGAGGGGGAGGAGCCCACCGAAGUCGGCCGACUCGGACCGAGCGACUAUUUCGGCGAGAUCGCUUUGCUAUUGGACAGGCCUCGCGCGGCCACCGUGGUGGCUGUGGGGCCGCUCAAGUGCGUCAAGCUCGACAGAGCCAGAUUUGAGCGUGUCCUGGGCCUGUGCGCAGACAUCUUGAAGAGAAACAUCACUCAGUAUAACAGUUUUGUUUCAUUGUCUGUAUAACUUAACUUUACAAAUCAUUUCAAUUGAUGGCAUACAAAAAAAAGAAAAAGAUAUUCCUCUGUGUACUGAUUCUUCAGCCAAAUUUCAAGUCUUCAUUUUUAUUAUUACCUAGAUUGAAAAUUGAUCGUUUAACAUUUAUUUAUUGUGCAGUGUCAGUAUCUCUUAAAUAGUUCUGUUAUUUUUUUUACACGUCCUAAGAUCUGAGUAAUGAAUUGAUACAAUGUGAACAUUUUUUAUUUUUGAUGAUGCUGCACAUCAAUUAUUUAUCUAUUAAAAAUAUAUUGUAUAUAUUUAAUAUUUUAUCUUCCAUAAAUACUUUAGUUAAAUAAAUAAUAUAUUUAA